GUUUUUUUUCUCUUUCUUUCUUCUUCUUUGUAAUUUCUUGCAAUGAGCACAGCGUUAGCAUCCAAACGUCGCUUUGACGCCGUGGAUGCAUCGCCGCCGUCGUCGCCUUCGGGCUCGGCGGGUGGCUUUGGUGUCGCCUCGCAUUACCAGCACAACAGCUCGCCCACGUUGGGACGGCGCCUGGGCAUGAUGACGGCAGCGGCGACGACGAUGCCCGCGGCGCUGCCAUAUGGGAUCGAUGACGUGUCGUCGUCCAUGCUUGGCCACAGCCUGCCCCACACUUCCACACACAUGCCACAAGGGCCACUGGGCGGCGGCAUGGCGCUGACAUCCUCGGCCUCGUCGUUGGCCAUGGCGUCAGCAGCAGCUUCGCCGCUCUUCCGCCAAGCCAGCUCGCAGUACCUCUCCUCCUCAUCCUCCCCUGCCGCCGCCGGCCAAGCACCCCACCAGCAGCUCUCCAAGCGGUCACGGCAGAUGGACGGGAGCAACAACGGCCCCGUCUCGCCCAUGUUUGCCUCCAUGCAGCUCAUCUCGCGGCGGUCGCACGACUCUGCCUUUGCCUCCUCCACCUCCAGCGACCCAGUGGACAAAUAUAUCGCCGGCUCAAAGCGGGUGCGGAAUCACAUUCAGGAAGACGCGUCCGUCAUGCGUCCGCCACCAGAAGAGGAGCAGCAGUACUUUACACUUAGCGAGGUUAAAUCUAUUCUUGAGCGGGCGCUCGAGGAUCGCGAGAAUCAACUUCGAGCUGAAUACGACAUUACAUUGCAGCAAAAGCUGAGUGAGCAAUUCAAUUCGUUUUCAAAGUUCAACGAGGACCACAUUCAUCGGCAACUCAAAGAGUCGACUUGGUCUUACAUGUCGUAAAAUGGUUGGAGCGAACGUAUCUACCGCGCCUGCAGGUCGUUUCGCUUUGAUUCUCUGUUGUUUGGUUGAACUGCUUUUUCGAUCUCGUUGCUCUUCCCCCGUUUUUUUUUUCGGGCGGGGGGGGGGGCAACUCGUUUUCAAUCUCCAUUUUGUAUCCAUGAAGCACAUACAAUGAAUUCGAACGCUCUCGCACAACGUCGGCUGAAAUUACAAAUAACUUUGGAC